AUGACAAUGAAAUAUGAACCUAUCCUUGACAUCACUGUUGAUGGCUCUUAUGAUAAAACCUACCAGUCCCAGUGCUCCAGUGCAGGCCUGUACCAGUGCAGUGUUACCAGCCUGGUGUUUGUCAUGGAGGGAGAAGGAGACGUGGUUUACAGGACUGUCCCUUGGAACAGGAGGCAGCUGGCCCAACACCACAAGAAGCCUGCAGGACCCCUGUUUGACAUCAAAUGUCAGCAGCAGUCUGUGUGUCAGCUCCAUCUCCCACACUGUGAGCUCAUCUCCACAGGUGGAGGUCAGUCCUUGAAGGUCGCUAAUGUGAAGGAAGAGGGUAUUGAGUUCAUCCCCCCUCAUCAGAUAACAGAAAGUCAUGUUGUUAUAAACAUCACAGACUUUUCUGGUUUUGGUGUUGUCAAGGAUGGAGACUCUCCCCCUGGCCCAGUCCAAGCGAUGGUUCUGCUCUUCUACAAACCUCCAGAAGAACUUAAUCUCAGAUCCUUCCUCAAAGUAUUGUUGUUGCCAAGGAACAUCGUGAUCCAUGAUUUUAAAGACAAGAGGAGAGAAUUAGUUGGUGAAGAGAUGUACAUAGAUGUACCCUCAAAAUGUAUUCUGUAUCCAAAACAGGUUUACAGUCUGUCCACUGUCCCUGACGAUGACCUGAUUAACAUUCAACCAUAUGAAGCAGAGUAUCCUAACUACUCCAUCACAACCUUCCAGGUGAUUUUAAAAACAAUGAUUGCAGAUAUUAACCUGAGUGUGACACACCAGAGCAGCUCCAGCUGUGUCUGGGAAAGAGAGGUUUGUCUUUUGCCCAAAAGAGUUAGAACCAUGAUUUCUUCUCCAAAUAAGAGGCUUUUAAAUGUAAGGAGCUCAUUCAUUGAUAGGAUAUCAGGACCUGUUCUCAGCAGUCUGAUGGACAAAUUCCUGGAGAAAGGGGUGAUGGUUGAUGGUGACAGGGAGGAAGCAGACACAAUGCAAAGCAGGAGCGACAGAGCUCGUUUUGUUAUCGACACUGUGAGAAGGAAAGGUGAAGCUGGCAGUUCACAGAUGAUUGAGUUUCUGCGUGUGCUUCACGCCUUCCUUCACAGAAAUCUUUUUUUGAUUUGA